AUGGCUAACAUGCUUCGAGCAAAUCAAGCUGCUAGGGCUAUUUCUAAGCCUAAAGGUCUAGUUGUUUAUGGUGAGUGCAACCGUUGUCUUUUAGCAAGUGUUAACGCUAUCGAUGGGUGCCAAGCUUUUGCUCCUGGUGGUUCCGUCGGUAGCAUAGAAUUUUUCCAAUGUCAAUUUUGUCACUGUCAUCGGAAUGUUCAUCGUAGGUUGGAUGUCAACAAUCAUCAGACUGUGACCCAAAGAGAUGUGAAGAUGGAGGAAUCAUCAAACACCAAAAAUAUUAAUCAUCUCAGCCAUAUCACUGCACAAAUAUUUGACUCUCCGGGAGUUUCAAUUGCACUGGCGGAAUCCAUUAUGGCUAGAGCUACUCAAAAGUGGGUGUAUAAUAACAAAAAUGAUGGUGGAAAUAAGAGAAAAAAGUCAUGGGAUGAACAUAUUGUUGAAGAAUAUGAGAAAGAAAAACCACAGAUACUGGCUAACCAGCUAGAAUGGACUUUAAACAUGAGAUCAGAAAAUGGAAAGAAUAAGAAGAUCAAGAAGGGUGAAGAUGAGAAGCUAGAUGGUUUUGAGAUGUAUAUCAAAACCAAGGGCAAAGCAAUCAAAAAGUUACACCUUGCUCAAGCCGGACAAUCAACAUCUUCUAACAAUCAUAAUUGUCCCAAUUAA